AGAGAAUAUAGAAACAAUAUAAUCUUUCCGAAUGUAGAUUUUGUUGGGGGUUAAUUGUAUUCAUUUAAUUUAUUAUUAUUAUUAUUAUUAUUGAGUAUUCAUUGUUUAUUUUCAGGGGAAGUUAGUCGUGAGUAGUAUGGAUGAUUAUGGAGUUUUAAACAAUGACGAAUGUUAAUUAUCACUCCGGCAAUUUUCCACUGCGAUGAAACUCAAAACUCCAUUUAUGUGUUUAAUUAUAUUUUAAAUGGUGUAUUGAGGGCAAGUGUUGCGGUAAUCGCAUACUCAUGAAAUUUUUCAUAAUUCGUGGGGGUGAGAAAAAUAUUUGGAGCUGAUCGUGGAAUGGAGAAUAUAUCGUGAGCUGAGGGGCCUGCGAUUUCGAGAUUUUUAUGAAAAACUGAUCAAUACCAAGAAUCGAUUAUUGCAGUUCAACAUUUUUCCACUGAUUGCCCUCUAAAACAAAAUCCAUGAAAAUUUCUAUUUAUCAAAAUAAUGAAAUCAGUGUAUCAAGUAUCCUUAUCGAUUCGAAUAAACAACACGUGGACUCCAGGUGAUUAAAUAGGAUGAGUUUUUUUUGUCACAUAUUUCACUGUUUGCAAUACAACGCAAUAUAAAAAUCACCGAAGCACAUUGAUUCGUGCGGUAUAAAAUAAUUGGGCGAGACUAGCUGACGAUCAAAAAUUACUAGAGUCCAGGGAAAAUACAUACAACUGAUCCAACAUGAAGUACUGGGCCCAUAUUUUCGUCUUGUUAUCAGUAGCACUUGUAUGCCACAGUGAAGACUCCUUGCUAGUGAUCAGCCAUGAUGUCAGCAAAAUCCGUGAAAUAAAUUUAAAAUACAAAACUCAACUGCUAAAUCACCGGCACACCCACGAAAAAUUACAGAACAACUCGCGAAUUUUAGUAGAGAGUGAGAUAAAAAAUGCAUUGAAGGAAAUUAUUAUGAGAGCUGAAAACACGAACCACACGUGCGUGUUGUCGAUGGCAAAUGAUUUCUCCUUUAUGCAAAAAAUAUACUUGGCUAGUCUCUCGAGCUGUUCUCUGGCCCAUUCACCCAAUUGGACGUCGAUCGUGACAAAUCUCGAUUUAUUGAUCGCCACUGCAGCGAAAAUCCAGAAGAAAAUCGAUCAAGUGAUGCUCUAUUGCUUUUUCAACUUCCACAGAAUCCUCAUCCAUCCAUGCACGAACUCGCAAAUUCCAAAAUUACAGAAAGCCGCAUCUGACUAUCGCCAAAGUACCUUCAACUUUCACUAUUACAUUGAAAAUGCGUUUACCCUGCAAACUCUCCAAAUAACCCACUGUAGUGGUGUUUACGAGAAUAUAAACACGGCAAGGGCGAUGGCCGUACAAUGUCUGGAAAAAAAAAAUAUCGAUGAAAAAUCAUCGAGCUCCAAUAUAAACAUUACGUCACCACAUAUUCAACCGAUUGUUCUCUGAACAAAAAAGAAAUUGUGCUUCGUCUGAAGUAAGUGAUGCGUAGCACUGAAAUGGAGCACCUGAACAAAUAUAGUACGUGAGGAACAAUUAAAAAUUCCAUAUUCCUAUUGGUUAAAAAUGUCCGGCGAACAUGAAAAAUAAUUAGAAAAAUUAUUCGA